UAAAACUAUACAAAACUCAGACAUUAUCUGACCCCAACCUCCACUCUUUCUCCAAGAAAACAAAUCUCUCACAGUACAGUAUGUGACCCAACCCCCGCGCGUGAGAACUUGUAAUGAAAUGUUACAAUGUUUACAAAUAAACUUGACCUGACUAGACACCUGUCUUGCUCACACACACACACAGACAACCCCCUCCCCUCCCGUCCAUGGGAACUUGAUUUGACCAGUGCCCAGAUUUUCUCGCAGAAAUAUCUAUAAAUACCUGAGCCUGGAUCAUUUGAGUUUCAUUGUGCAGCAGCAUCUGUCAAUUUCAUCAUGAGCAAAAGGCAUUAUACAGGCCGUGAGAUUCUGGAUCACAUCCUCGAGGAGGGAGAGGCUUUGGAGGAGAUGGAUCAGGCUGAAAUAGAGGAAGACGUGUCUGAGGACGAUUUUGUGGAAUAUGAUCCACAUCCAGAUGAAGACACAUCCGAUCCAGAUGAGGAAGUAGGACUGAAUGAGCCAGAACAGGGCUUUGUUUCGAAGAAUGGGCAGGUUUGGUCCUCAAUUCCAUAUGAAAAUGAAGGCAGAGCAACAUCUGCAAACAUUAUAAAAAUGACCCCUGGACCCACUCGAUUUGCGAAGUCACAUAUUGAAGAUAUAAAGACUGCAUUUCAGCUAUUUAUACCAAGCUCCAUCCAAUCAAUCUUGAUUGAGAUGACAAACCUGGAGGGGAGGAAAGUCUUCAGCCAAAGUUGGGAGGACAUUGAUGGUAUCAAACUUGAUGCCUACUUCGGCCUUCUGCUUCUUGCUGGGGUGUACAGAUCCAACAAUGAAGCCACCUCGAGCCUCUGGGAUGCUGAGUCAGGUCGGAAUAUUUUUUGUGCCACAAUGUCCCUUCAGACCUUUCAUGUCCUGUCGAGAGUCAUCCGCUUUGAUAACCGGGAGACCAGAGUAGCACGGCGUGCCCUUGACAAACUUGCUCCCAUCAGGGAAGUCUGGGACAAGUGGGUGGAGCGUCUGCCGUCCAUGUAUAAUCCUGGGCCAGAGGUAACUGUAGACGAGCGACUUGUCCCAUUCCGAGGCCGCUGUCCGUUCAGGCAGUAUAUUCCAAGCAAACCUGCAAAGUACGGAGUCAAGAUCUGGGCAGCAUGCGAUGCCAGGAGCAGUUAUGCUUGGAAUAUGCAGAUCUACACAGGCAAAUCUGCAAGUGGAAUGGCCGAAAGGAACCAGGGCAUGCGGGUGGUGCUGGACUUGACAGAGGGUCUACGUGGGCAUAACAUCACCUGCGAUAACUUUUUCACUUCUUAUGCCCUCGGCCAAGAGCUGCUGAAGAGAAAACUGACCAUGGUGGGAACAGUAAGAAAAAAUAAACCAGAGCUCCCUCCUGCCCUGAUUGACACCAAAGACAGAGUUCCUCUCUCCUCAAAAUUUGCUUUCACAGAAACCACCACAAUGGUGUCCUACAUUCCGAAGAAGAGGAAGAAUGUCACCCUGAUCUCAACCCUCCACAAGGACGCUGCUGUGAGCAGCAGGGAGGACAAGAAGCCAGCAAUAAUAUUGGACUAUAACCGUUGCAAAGGGGGAGUUGAUGUUCUUGAUAAGGUCACUGCCACAUACACCUGUCAGAGAAAAACAUUACGGUGGCCAAUGGUUGUGUUCUUCAACAUGCUGGAUGUGUCGGCCUACAAUGCGUUUGUGGUGUGGACGGAGGUCAGUACUGGAUGGAACAUUGGGAAGUUCAACAGGAGGAGGCUCUUUCUGGAGGAGCUGGGGAAAGCUCUGGUGAGGCCACAUAUAGAGAGACGCCAGCGGCUACCCCGAGCUCCUGGCAGUGCCAAGUUGGUGAGAGAGCUGCAGGCAGCAAGUAAGGCAGCGACUUCUACAGGGUCUACAGGGCUCCGGCCAGUGGAUGCCAAAGGCACCAAAAGAAAGAGGUGCCAGUUUUGCCCUUCAAACAAAGACAGAAAAACGACGACAACCUGCCACAAUUGUAAAAAAUACAUUUGCAGGGAGCACAUGCAAACAUUUGCUUUCUGUGAUUCGUGCAGGUGAACACACA